CUGUGCGCGCAGAUCGGAUGCGUGGCGGGAGGAACAAGUUUGGACCCAUGUACAAGCGGGACCGUGCCUUAAAGCAGCAGAAGAAAGCUCUGAUCCGUGCCAACGGCUUCAAGCUGGUUUUCAUGUCCCCGGUGCAAAACGACUACAGCCUGACCUCCACCAUCCACAGCAUCCACGCCAUGUCCAAGACCUUGCCGCCCAACCCAGCCGCCCUGACACCCAUUGACUACGAGCGCAGCCCCUAUGGGACACCUUCCCUGGGAAUGACUAUGCCCAGCCACCCUCCUCUCACCAGCUACCACUACCCCUCCUUCCCCAACCGCACCAUCAAGUCCGAGUACCCGGACCACUACACAAACGUGCACGAACCCAUGCCCACCUACAUGUACCCAGAGACCUACCCCAGCAGCUCCCCUCCUGACAUUCCUGAUAUCAUCCUGAAGCUGCUGCAGCUGGAGCCCGACGAGGCCCAGGUCAAGGCGCGGAUACUGUCCUGCCUGCAGCAAGAGCAAGGCAAAGGCCGGCACGAGAAGCUCAGCACCUUCGGCCUCAUGUGCAAGAUGGCUGAUCAGACCCUCUUCUCCAUCGUGGAGUGGGCACGGAGCUGCAUCUUCUUCAAGGAGCUGGAGGUGGGCGACCAGAUGAAGCUGCUGCAGAACUGCUGGAGUGAACUGCUGGUGUUUGACCACGUCUAUCGGCAGCUGCAGCAUGGCAAGGAGCACAGCCUGCUGCUGGUCACCGGACAGGAGGUGGACAUGUCGACCAUUGCAGCCCAGGCCGGCUCUAUCCUGAACACGCUGAUGCUGCGGUCGCAGGAGCUCAUCCUGCACUUGCACUCACUCCAGGUGGACCGGCAGGAGUACGUCUGCCUCAAGUUCCUCAUCCUCUUCAGCCUCGACGUGAAGUACCUGGAGAACCACACGCUGGCUAAGGAUGCUCAGGAGAAGGCCAACGCGGCGCUGCUGGAGUACACCCUCUGCCACUAUCCCCACGCCACAGACAAGUUCCGCCAGCUGCUGCAGGCCGUCCGGGCGCUGAGCAUGCAGGCCGAGGAGUACCUCUACCACAAGCACCUCAGCGGGGAGGUGCCCUGCAACAACCUCCUCAUCGAGAUGCUGCACGCCAAGAGGACUUGA